AUGGCUGAUAUUGAUCGAUGGUAUGAAGAGGACUCUGAGCUGCUCGCAGGUGGUAAGUUCAUAGCAUUGGUGGUCUCCGAUAACGACGAGGACGAGUCCGGGGUCGAGGAAGACUCCAAUGUGCAUCGCACGCCGAGGGGACAGCCCAAAAGAGCCGGAAGUGGCCCCAGCAAGAUCAUCAGAAGCCCUGAAUCUGUAGGACCGGCUUCCGCAAACGCAAAACACAAAAGAUGGUCCAUCAUCUCGAGCAGCUCCAAAAAAAGGUGGUCGUCGCUAUCUUUUGCCAGUGAAGAACGGCGUACGAGUCCCGUCACGUCGUCGUCGAAAAAAAGACGUUCUACGGCUAGUAUGGACCCAAUAGAUCAACAGAUCACCAAUGGCAAUGGCAAUGGCAAUGGAAACAGUGGCAACGACAACAAACCGGCCAAAAAUAGCCCCGCCAGUGUCGCCCCCAAUAACACAAACAUCAUACCCGACGGAGAGAACAGCACAACGUCCUCGAGAAGAGUGUCUAUAUCUUCUGCGAUGUCCUCGCUACAAAGAAGCUCCACCAGCAACUCGCUGCGUCAAAUGUUUGGGAAAAUAGCUAUCCAGGACGAGGAAAAGGAAAACAAGCCAGUGGUGAAGCGGUUUAUAGGUAAACUAUCACCACGCGGCAACCAAUCACGGUCCACGUUGGGACAACUGGACACAAAUGUUUACGCAGGACUCAGUUCCCGUAAUCCUCAUGCCGAUACCGCAAGCAUAGUUUCAGGAAUGAGCAUGUCCUCUAGGUCAUCGGUUUCUUCGGCUUCAAGGUGGAAAUUCUGGAAGAGGCAUUCAGAUGCAUUUGAUCAAAGCUCUUCUUCCGCUUUGUCCUCACAACAAGCGAUGCAUUCAAAUGGCAGCUUGUCAUCUCGUAGAUCACAGUCGUCUUUGAAACAGAAAUCCUCUCAUUCAUCCUUGAAGAAGCUAAGUUCGCAUAGAAAUUCAGUAACGAGUGAGUCCAUCUCAUUACCGAUUCCAGAUCAAGUUUCAAGAGACAAACUACGCACAAAACUUCGCAAUUCAACUUCUAUCAUGUCAAUGCGGUCAGCAGUAAUACCAGAAGAACUUGAAGAUUUCCAGAUGUCGCAGCUUUUAAAGCUGUGUGACCAAAGUGAGCCAAUACCAAUCGACAAGCUGAUACCAGAAUGGUCCAAAAUGUCAAGGAUUUCCAAACACGUUCUAAGAAACGACGAAUUUGUUUACAAAUGUCUACCUUUGGAGGAGGACGAUUUUACUCAUAACAAGAACAUACGAGUUAAGGAGCUCGAGCUUCUGAGCCUAUUCAGCGGCACGCCGGGCUUCACCCAACUCAUUUCUUGUCAUUUGGCUCUUAUCAAUGGUGUUUCUACGAUCAUUUGCAAACUGAAGUACGCAGGCGUGCCAUUGAAGAAUAUUAAAAGUCCUAGCUGGUCAGCGACGCUUAAUAUUUGGUGGCAAUGUGCUGUUAUUAUUUAUGCUGCAGAGACAAAAUUUCAAUUUGAACAUCGGGAUCUGCAGCUGGAUCACAUUCUGGUGGACAGCAACAACAAUGUAACAUUUUGCGACUAUAAAUUGUCGCGUGCAUCAAAUGGAUCGGUUGUUUACUACACGAGACUAGACCAUCCACUUUUUUUCCAGGGACGUGGUGAUUACCGUUAUGAGGUUUACAAUACUAUGCGACACUGGUGUGCUGACAAUUGGUCUCGUUGCGAUUCUCGUAAUAAUCUGUUGUGGUUACAUUAUCUGGGAGUUAAACUGAUCGAAGGACAAAAGGGAAUGGCUCAUGAUGCCCAAUAUUCAGAAUUGCUCAAACUACUAGCUCAAAUAAAUCCUCAUCGUCGCAGAAAAUCUUUGUUUGGUAAAACCGACCAAAUCUUGAGUUGCGGCGAUCUCAUGAGGCUUCGCAAAUGA